AUAGUAUGUCUGUGAGCUAAUGGCUGAUAAGACAUGCAUAAAACAUUUGACAGGAAUACAGGAAUCAAGGCUGUCAGAAUAAUCGCCCUCCCAAUCCACUAACAAAAGGGGGUUUAACUCUAUGAGUCCCAGAGCAGUGAGCCGGUUACUGUCGGGAUACUGGCACACUGAGCUCUGACACACUAUAGAGAGGGUAUUACUGCAUUAUUCACUCAUUAUAUGCCUGGCUUCAAUGAAACUUUGCUUAUUUUGCCUCUCGCUAUUUCAUACGGAGAUAUCAGACUUCAUGAGGAUGUAACAAGAGCUCAAUGACUGGACAGGAUUAUUAAGGAGAAGGACAGUACAGCAGUGAACAUAUAGAGUGACGUUGUGAAUGAACAAGAAGGAUGCAGUGUGGUGCGGUGAUGCUGUGUCUGCUGCUGCUUAUUCUGUGCUGUAGUGCCAGAAGCCAGAAGAGAAGAAAAAACAGACAGAAGCCUGACAACACUGUCAACACAAAUGGAGUCAAAACUUUAUUCUGUCCAGUGGAGUUGGCAUUUUUGGUGGACAGCUCAGAGAAAGCCACAAUGCUGUUUGAGAGGCAGAGGGAGUUUGUGUUGCGCUUCAGCACCAGGCUGACGCAGAUGCAGGUUCCCGGCUGGCGGAUGCGGGUGAGACUCGCCGUCCUGCAAUACAGCAGCACUGUCUCACUGGAGCACAACUUCCGGGACUGGCAGGACAUUGAUGUGUUCCAAAGCAGAGUUGAUUCAAUGACCUACAUCGGCCAUGGCACCUACUCAGCUUAUGCCAUCUCAAAUGCAACUCAGCUCUUCACCCGAGAGACAGCGCCUACUAGCUUAAGAGCAGCACUUUUACUGACAGACGGAGAUGAUCACCCACGCAGCCCCAGUGCUGUGACUGCAGCCACAGAUGCCAAGAUCCACGACAUCCAUAUGUUUGUCAUUGGGCUGCCGGGAUCUUCACGAGAUGAGCAAGACUAUGGUAGAUUGAGGUCUAUUGCCAGCGCUCCUCCCCAGCAAUAUCUCUUCAGCCUUACUGACCCACAGCUGGAUGACAAGCUCUUCAGGGAACUGAGUGAGCUUGCGAACAGAGCUUGUCCACAGCCCAAAUCCUGUCUGUGUGAGAAAGGAGAGCGGGGUCUUCCCGGAAAUCCAGGUAAAGCAGGCGAUGCAGGAUUUGAUGGGCCUCCUGGUCCUAAAGGAUCUCGAGGACAGCCUGGUUUAAAUGGACGUCCAGGACUAGAAGGAAUAAGGGGAAGACCAGGACCAAAAGGAGAAAAGGGCGGCAAAGGAGAAUGUGGUGCCUCCGGGAUAAAGGGAGAUCAAGGCCCAGACGGAUCUCCAGGACCACGAGGACCAAGAGGAGAUAAGGGUUUGAGUGGCAACCCUGGUGACACUGGCCCUGAAGGCCCUGUCGGAUCUAAAGGUGAGCGAGGACCUAGUGGACCCUCCGGCCCUCCAGGAGAUCCAGGGGUCGGCUUUCCUGGUGCAAAGGGAGAGAAAGGUGGCCAAGGCAGGCCAGGGCCCACCGGACCUGUUGGUAUAGGAGAGCCAGGAAUGCCUGGGCCACCAGGACCUCAAGGGGUUCAAGGAAAUCAAGGGUUUCCAGGCGAGGGUUUACCAGGACAAAAGGGUGACAGAGGAUUUGAGGGUCCUAAAGGUGUGCGUGGACCUCCUGGGUCAAGCAUCAAGGGUGAUAAGGGUAACACAGGGGAACCAGGUUUACCUGGACUUGUGGGAUUUCCAGGAGCUGGGAUCCAGGGUGAAAAGGGGGAUCUGGGACCUAUUGGACCACCUGGACCAAGAGGCACUCCUGGAGUGGGCUUAAUUGGCCCUAAGGGAGAUCAAGGCUUCCCAGGAGAAUCUGGACCACAAGGAGAGAGGGGAAUAGGAGAACCAGGGCCAAAAGGAGAACCAGGACCAGUCGGAGCACCUGGUAUUCCUGGAAUUCCAGGUGAAGAUGGUUCUGUAGGUCCAAAGGGCGAGAUGGGUUUAUCUGGUGAACGAGGUCAAGAGGGCUCACCUGGGAAAGGAAUUCCUGGUGAAAAGGGGGACCGAGGUGAUAGAGGAUCUCGGGGUCCCCCAGGAAGCUCUGGAGCAGCGGGACCACCAGGGGCCAAGGGAGAACCAGGAAGUUUAGGAAUGAUGGGAUUACCAGGACCUUCAGGUCGAGGAUUACCUGGUGCCAAGGGUGAGCCAGGACCUGCAGGCCCCCCUGGUCAUGUUGGAGAGCCAGGUGUUGGGACUACAGGACCCAAGGGAGACCGAGGAAGUCCAGGAACAGUGGGACCACAAGGAAUGAAAGGGGAUGGAUACCCUGGACCACAGGGUCUUCCAGGGUUGCCUGGUCUCCCAGGUGAAAUUGGACCUGAAGGACAGGGAAUUCCAGGACCAAAGGGAGACAGGGGCUCACCAGGAGUUACUGGCCCAUCGGGACCUCCAGGAAUUGGACUACCAGGACCAAAGGGUGCCAGUGGGCAGCCUGGUGCUCCUGGUCUUUCAGGCCCACCGGGAGAGGGAAUUCAGGGUCCCAAGGGUGACCCUGGAUUUCAAGGGCUUCCUGGCCCAAGAGGCCCUCCAGGUGAUGGUUUGCCAGGAGAAAAGGGUGACAGAGGCCUAUCAGGAGAGCGUGGGAGAAAAGGAGAUAGAGGAGAACAUGGAAUGCCUGGACAAACAGGAUCCAAGGGAAAGCCUGGAGAGAAGGGAGAUCCUGGCCUAUCUAGAGAAGAGGUGAUCAAAAUUAUUCGGGAAAUAUGUGGAUGUGGUGUGAAAUGCCGGACGAGUCCACUGGAGCUGGUGUUUGUUAUCGACAGCUCAGAAAGUGUGGGUCCAGAUAACUAUGAAGUGGUGAAGGAUUUCGUAAACUCUCUGAUUGAUCGUGUGUCUGUAAGCCGUGAGGCCACACGGGUUGGAGUGGUGCUCUACAGUCAUGUGGAGGUGGUGGUGGCUAGUCUGCAACAGCUGUAUGACCAGGCUGCUGUCAAGACUGCUGUGCGCAGGAUGCCAUACCUUGGUGAGGGCACUUUCACAGGGAGUGCCAUCCGACGGGCCACUCAGCUGUUCCAAGCUGCAAGACCAGGUGUAAGAAAGGUUGCGGUUGUGUUGACGGAUGGCCUGGCUGACAACCGGGAUGCAGUGAGUUUGAAAGAUGCUGCAGAAGGCGCACACAGUGCUGGGAUUGAAGUCUUUGUGGUUGGUAUUGUGAACAACAGUGACUCCCAGUAUGCAGAGUUUAAGAAUGAGAUGAACAUUCUGGCAUCUGAUCCCGAUGAAGAUUAUGUCUACUUGACUGAUGACUUCUUGAAACUGCACGCACUGGAGAGUAAAUUGUUGAAUCAUAUCUGUGAGCAUGACAAUGGAAAGGUCGUCAGCUCUAGUGGCAAAACAAUCCAUCCUUUUGGACCUGAUCCUGUUCCAGACAAAACUGAGGCUCCCACCAGUGAUUAUUUCAUCACAGAGGGCAAAGAGGAUGCACCUCCAAUAGACUUUGAGACUUUGCCUCAGCAACCUGAAGACUAUGAUGACAUUCAUAUUGACACUAGCUAUUUUGAUGGCUCUGUCAAUGAGAUUCCUUGGGUGACAGAGACCCCAGAUGGAAACAAGACAAGACAACAGUCGUCCAUCUCAGUAGUAGGACCUCAGACACCCAUUAACUGGCACCAUGGUCAAGAAAGCAGUCCAUCUCCAAAAACUCUACAGCCACCUCACCCUGACACCUCGCAGAAACAUGUAGGCUGUGGCCAGGGAUUGGACCCGGGGCCCUGUAGGGAAUACAGUGUGAUGUGGUACUACGACCCGCAGGCCAACGCAUGUGCACAGUUUUGGUACGGUGGCUGCCAAGGCAAUAGCAACCGCUUUGAAACAGAGGACAUUUGUAAAAGCACUUGUGUGCAGACAUAACACACUCUGACAAUGAAGCAUCAUUCAGCAGAUUUUGUUUUUAAUCACGCUGUAUCAAUCAUGCACUAUGCAGGUGUUUUAUUAUUAUAUUAUUAUUAUUAAAGUACAGGUUUGAGAACAGUAAAACUGUAGAUCAGAUUUGUCCUGCAUUAUAGUGACCAACACUUUUGACUAGACUUAGUUCUGCUCCAUUUUUGUAGAGAAUAAUUUCCAUAUUCAAAGCACCACGUUUAUAUAUUUUCUAGUCAAACUGAAUAUUUUGAGAAUUUCUUACUUUUUAAUGCGCUAUAUGCACACGGACUUUUAUUUUUAGCCAGCCAGCCUCAGCGCUUCCGCUGAACUGUCUUUCUGUUAUAAAACUGCCACGUUUAAGGUCAAAUUUCUUUAAAAAUCAGUGACCGGACAAAAGCACUGCAUUUAAUUCCAUUUCCCCCCACCAUGUCUUUAAAGUAAGACAGUUUAUUUGACCCCCCCAGGAUUUUAUUUACCCAGUUUUUACGCUCGUCUACUGAUUCUGAUGGUGCUAGCGGUUAAACUGUCUUUUCUCUCGUUUCACACUUGAACAACUAAAUGAAUGCUUUAGUCUAUUUAUCAGAAUGUGUUUUAAUGACAUUACAACAUCGAUGUUGUAAAAAGAACCAUUUUCACAUUAAGCUUUCACCGGAAGUUUAUCAUUGGCUGAAAAACACUAGCUGUGCAUGUAGCCCAUUGUUCCUUCCAUAGAAAUAGUAUUUUCUGUAUGUUGCAUCCAGUAUUGUAAAUACUUGUACUUGUAUUUUUUGUUAAUGCCUACCGGUGCUCAAAUGAGAAAUAAUGGUGCUGGAAAUCCCCCUUGUUUUCACAAAGUAAACAAAUAUGCUUGAAUUUA